AUGUGUGCAGAAGACGUUGAGAAGCUUGUGAAUGACCGACAUAAGGAGAUGGACCAAGCAAUCUCUACUCCUUUUACCCCUGAAAUCGAGCAGGCUGCUCCCCCAAAGCGAUUCUCAACACCUUCUUUUAUACAUUUCAAAGGGGAUUCGGAUCCCGAGAGCCACCUAAAACACUUCAAAAGUGUCAUGAUCCUCCACAAGGCCGACGACGGACUGAUGUGCAAGGUGUUUGCAAUGACCUUGCGAGGAGCAGCUCAAGAUUGGUUCCACACCCGGCCAUCUGGGUCGAUCAGCAACUUUAAGGAGCUUGCUUGUGUCUUUAUUAAAGAAUACACUUCUUAUCGGACGAUCAAGAAGAACCCUGAUCAUUUGUUCAACCUGCGCAAGAAGUCCGAUGAAUCCCUCCGAGACUACUUCAAGAGGUUCAAAGCGGAGAGGGCAAAUAUUGUAGGAUGUGAUGACCAAAUUGCAUCAUCUGCCUUCAAGAGGGGGUUACCAACUGAAUGUGAGCUGUAUCGCGAGCUUACCAUCUCUCAUCACCAAACACUGGUAGAAGUCUUUGCUACAGCAGAGCGCUACGCACUAUGGGACGAUGACCGGAUUGCCGCGAAGGAGGCUGAUCAAGUAGCUGAGCAGAUAAGCAAAGAGAAUGGCAAGCGCAGAUCACAGCCUCAGGAAUGUGCUCUAGCAGCGGAGAGCUACACUAAGUUCACUAUCCCGAUACACCAGAUCCUAGCCCAAGUAAAGGACAUGCCUUGGUUGAAGAAACCAUCAUCUUUAAAGGAAAACCCAACCAAGAAGGAUACCAGUAGAUACUGCACAUUCCAUGAAGGGCACAGUCAUUACACAAACGACUGCUUCGCCUGGAAAAGACACCUCGAAGAUCUAGUCAAAGAUGGCCAUUGCACGGAAUUCGUCGCAAGGGAGGCUAUCCAGCAAAUCAAGGAUUGUGACGCCGCUAACAAUGAGUCUACACGAAAAAAGUCAUACGGAUCAACAUAA